AUGGCUUCAAUUAUUCGUGAAUUCAAAGUCACUCAUAAUGACAUAUCCUACCAUUUUCAUGCAAACCAGCCUGGAGUUGCUGGAGAUAUAGAUCGUCAACAGCAAGAAUUUCAGCGUUUUCUCAGAGAUGCAGAUUUGGUCAAAAAUUCGCAGCUGCAGUCCCCAAUUUGUUUAGCCCUUAUCUUCCUCGGCUUCCUUGCCAACAAGGAUGAAACCGCAGAGCUUGCUAAUGCAGCAUUUCAUCAGAUCAAAUCGGACGUGGAUGACAACGGUGGAAUUCGCAAUCUACUCGAUUUGCCUGAUGAUAAAAAAGUAAAAAGGCGAGCAAUUGCAGCAUACUAUGCCCUUCGUGCCAAUGGGCAAACGAAUCAUGGUGCCCUAUGGACGGCGGCGGAAAAUGGGUCUGCACUAGUAUACGCAGUCUUCGGAGGCCAAGGAUCGUCGAAUGCAAAUGCAUUCUGGAUGCUACAAGAGCUUUUCAAUUUAUAUCGGCGCCAACUUGAGGAUUUCAUAAAUUUGGUUAGCUCAAUUCUCUUGGAACUCUCGGAAUUGCGCGAGACACAUCAUCUCUUCCAACACCAUCCUCUUGCAAUCCGUCGCUGGCUCUUCCAACCACAGACAAUUCCGGACGAGGCCACGCUAGCAUCUUCACCCUAUAGCUUUCCACUUAUUGGAGUUCUAAGCCUGGCGCAAUUUUCUAUCCUUGCUCAUCUUCUACAAUCUGAUCCAGGGCAGGUGAUAAGACGUUUUAAAGGGAUCACGGGCCAUUCUCAGGGAAUAGUCGUCGCGACAUUAUUAUCGCAGUCCAACUCCUGGCAGUCUUAUUUUGAGAUUUCUCGGUCGGCUUUGACCAUUCUUUUCUGGAUUGGAUACGAAAGCCACCAAGCUGCACAGAGCCUUUUGGUGACCGCGUGGAGAUCGAACGAGGAAAGCAUCAGGCAGGGGCUUGGGAGGCCAUCGUGUAUGCUAAGUGUACGAGGCAUAAAUCAAUGGGACAUAGAGAAGAUGAUUACAUGGAGCAAUGAACAAUUAGUUCCAGAGGACCAUGUUCAUCUCGCGCUUGUCAAUUCUUGGGACAAUUUCGUGGUGGGGGGACCACCUCAGUCUCUCUGGCGACUAUAUCGUCUAUUGAAGGACAGCAGUGCUGAGCCCGACCUUGAUCAGUCCCGAACUCCUUUCACUGAGCGAAAGCCUGUCAUAGUCCAGCAAUUUCUACCAAUUUCAGCCCCUUUUCACACCCCACACCUUGCAGACGCAGCUGUGGUAGUGAAAAGAAAACUUCAAGGCCUCACUCUGCCGGGAAUCCCGAAUAUCCUGGAAUUCCCCGGCCAAAAUGGACUGGAAAUACAAGAUAAUACAGCGUCUUGUGUCAUUGAUAUGUUGGUGGAUUCAAUCAUGGUGCAGCAAGCGCACUGGCCUCGUGCUGUAGCCUUUCCUGGAGCUACACAUAUUCUUAGCUUUGCUGACAGAGGCCUCACUGGCCUCCUAGCAAAGCUGAAGGAGGGACGUGGUGUCCUUCUUGUCCUUGCAAAUGAGAACGAUACCUCAGACCUAGGAAUAUGGCCACAGUACGUUCUUUUUGAGCACACCCUGCCAUGGAACUUAAAAGUACCCUCAUGGGGCGAGCAAUUUGGACCGCGUGCAUAUCGACUGUCCAAUGACAAACUUACUCUACAAACCAAAUUUACUCAGCUACUUGAUAAACCUCCAAUAAUGGUUGCUGGAAUGACACCUACUACAGUACAUCCAGAUUUCGUUGCAACCAUAAUCAAUGCAGGUUAUCAUGUUGAGCUUGCUGGUGGAGGCUAUUUUAAUGCAGCCUCUUUCGCCAAGGCCAUCCGCAACCUAACGGCGUGUAUCCGUGAGGGGCAAGGAAUUACAAUUAACUUGAUUUAUGCUUCUCCUCGAGCAAUUACCUGGCAGAUACCUCUAAUCCACCAGCUAAUAAAUGAGGGUAUAGCCAUUGAAGGACUCACGAUUGGUGCCGGUGUACCAUCUCUGGACGUUGCACAAAUAUAUAUUUCUACGCUCGGGUUGAAGCAUAUAUCCUUCAAGCCUGGAUCGAUAAGUGCUAUACAUGAUGUUCUCGGCAUUGCUAAAGCAUUUCCUUCACAAACAAUCGUCUUGCAGUGGACCGGUGGCCGAGGCGGUGGACAUCACUCUUACGAGGACUUUCACCAGCCCAUCAUUGAGACAUACGGCAUGAUUAGGCGGCUUGCAAAUGUUAUUUUGGUUGCAGGCAGUGGUUUUGGCGAUGCCAAAGGAAGCUAUCAGUAUUUGACCGGAACAUGGGCAGAGAGAUUUGAGCGCCCACAUAUGCCUUUUGAUGGUAUUCUCAUUGGCAGCCGGCUUAUGGUAGCAAAAGAAGCAUACACUUCGCUGCCUGCAAAGCAACUUAUUGUUCAGACAGCUGGUACUGAGCAGUGGGAGAAGACUUACAGUGAGCCGGUUGGUGGAAUCAUCACGGUGAGGUCCGAAAUGGGCCACCCGAUCCACAAAUUGGCCACACGUGGUGUUAGGCUCUGGGCCGAAUUGGAUCAACAGAUAUUUUCUCUCCCGCGCGACCAACGUCUGGGAGCCUUAUUGCAAAAUAAAACAUGGAUUGUCCAUCGUCUGAACGCCGACUUUGCUAAACCAUGGUUUGGGCAAAAUUCGGCGGGCGAAGCAGUUGACCUUGAAGACAUGACAUAUAGCGGUGUCUUAGAGCGCCUGAUACAGCUUAUGUACCUCGAUCAACAUGGCCGCUGGGUUGAUGGUUCUUAUGUGGAAAUAGUACACUGCUUUGCCCAAAGAGCAAUUGAGAGGCUUUCGGCUCAAUUCGCGCUGAACAACGAAUAUAUCCACCAAAAUCCCCAUGGGUUCCUACGUGAAUUUCGAUCAUAUAUUGAAAGAGCACAAGAUACACUUCUUCACCCCGACGAUAUUGCCUUUUUCUUAGGUACAUGUCGCUUUGGUAGUCAUAAACCAGUGAAUUUUAUACCACUGCUCGAUGAAAAUUUUGAAUAUUGGUUCAAGAAAGACUCACUUUGGCAAUCAGAGGAUAUUGAGGCUGUGUGUAACGAUGCAGGGCGGAUCUGUAUCCUCCAUGGUCCAGUCGCUGCCAAAUACUCGCAACGAGUUGAUGAGGGCGCUGGGGAGAUUCUAGAUGGAAUUUAUCAUGGAUACCUUGAUUUGUUUCAUCAGGAACACAAUUGUGGCGAUACAGUAACAGACCCGGAGCUAUUGAAAGCUGGAACUAGUGCAAAUGCAUUACUACGGUCUCUUUUCCAGCAAUCUUAUAUCCUCCAAGGCACCAAAAGAGUUCUAAACCCUUUAAAGAAAAUUUUUGGUUCUGAAUCGGGCUGCAGUUUACAAAUCGGCCAAGGCGACGAGAUGAUUGUUAUGGAAAAAGAACUUACACCCGGAUUCAGGGAUCUCAUAAGAGUUAGCUCUAAGGAGGAUGGAAAGCAAAUUGUCAUUUCCCUUUCGGGCGAGAGCAGAAUUGAAACCAACCGUUCAUUUUCGUUGUCAUUCAUGUUUAUACAUGACCAUACAAACAAAGACUAUCCCUGGCAGGAAGACCUCGAUGGCCGAAUACACAGAAUCCAAUCUUUCUAUGGCGACUUGUGGAGUGUUACUUCUACAAAGUCCGGAAUGCGGUCAGUUUUUCAAGGCCCCAAACAAAGGUUAGAUAGGCAUCUCUUAGGGUCGCUACUCUCAGCAGUGAAUAUCCCAGGGCACAAUAAUGUUCAGAGGGAUGUAUUUCCGCUAGAUGUCUUAGUUCUUCUCGCAUGGAACGCACUGGUUGGGCCAAUAGUCCAAGAAGAUGCCAACCUCGACCUGUUACAGCUUCUACAUCACUCGCAUAGCUCAGAAUAUCGCCCUGGUAUAACGCCUCUCCGAGUGGGUGAUACUGUGACUACUACUGGACAACUUCAAAGUAUUAUUAUUGGACCUCAGGGCAAAUCGUUCAAAGUCAAAGCCGAAGUCAAACGACAAGAACAACAUAUUGCCGAUGUUAUAUCAACUUUCCUUGUACGUGGAAAAUAUGAUGAUUAUCAUCAGAUGUUUGCUCAGGAAGAAGAGCCAGAUAUCUACUUGAAUGUGGAGACAGAAGUCGAUGAGGCAGUACUGUACAGUCAGACAUGGCUCAAAUUGAAAGAUUCAACCAAGCCCCUUCGAAACAGCCGUCUUCUAUUCAAAGUCAAAAAUGUUACACAUUGGGCUGACCAAGACCACGUCGCAACAAUGCAAACGGAUGGGAAGGUUUUCGUUGUAGAAUCACGAGAUUUGAAAGAGAUUGGGAUUGUAAAAUUCGCUGCUAAAAUAUGCAAAGGGAACCCUGUUUUGGAAUUCCUACGCCGUCGGGGAGAAGUUGGUGCAAAGAAGCUUCAGCUAGAUUCUCCGGGCUGGAACGGACUUGCAUCCAUGGAUUUUACCACACCGGCAUCUAACCAACACUAUGCGCAAGUAUCAAGGGAUUUUAACCCUAUACAUUCCUCAUCUCUCUUUGCCUCCUGGGUUGGUUUGCCGGACAUAAUCACUCAUGGCAUGCUCACGGCUGCUUUAAGUCGAGCGGCACUAAGCUACCUUUUGGAUGACCACAGCCAUCGGCGUAUUCGACGGUUUUCUGUCUCGUUUGUGGGAUUGGUAUUCCCUGGAGAUGCUCUCACAAUGAAUUUUACACACUUCGCCAUGGUCCAAGGCCGGCAAUUGCUACAAGUAGUUGUCCGUAAACGUGGUAGUAAAGCGGAAGUGGUUCUAGACGGUGAGGCCGAAAUAGAACAGGAACAAACAGCAUAUGUCUUCACAGGUCAGGGCAGCCAAGAACCAAGGAUGGGCAUGCAACUUUAUGAGUCAAGUAGCACAGCUAGACGAGUUUGGGAUCAAGCUGACCGCUUUUUUUGCAGCAAUUACGGGCUCAGUAUCUUACACAUUGUGAUUCAUAAUCCAAAGACAUUAACUGUCCGUUUCGGUGGUAAACUUGGUCGCCACAUUCGGGAAAACUACUUGAGGAUGAUGGUUGAGGUUCCACAGCCCAGCGAUGGCCAGAAUCAGAAAUGCGUGCUUCCUGGCCUCACUUCUUCGUCUACAUCUUUUACUUUUCACAAUGCGCGGGGGCUUCUAUAUACAACACAAUUUGCACAACCAGCAAUCCUUUUGACGGAAAUGGCCAUGACGAAGUACCUGCGCACAAAAGGCGUGGUCAAAGAGGGCAGUGUAUUCGCUGGCCAUUCGCUAGGUGAAUACGGGGCUUUGGCAGCAUUCGGCGAUAUUCUCCCAUUUGAGACAUUAUUGGAUAUUGUCUUCUAUCGCGGGCUGGCAAUGCAAUCUUUGGUACACAGAGAUAAGGAUGGACGCAGCGAGUUUUCCAUGCUCGCUGUGAACCCCUCCCGCGUUGGAUCCUGGUUCACCGAAAGGGCUCUCGAAGUGGUUGUCCAAACUAUCGCCUCGACGAGUAAUGAUCUUUUAGAGAUUGUUAAUUUCAACGCAGCAUGUGAACAAUACGUUUGUGCUGGCCAUGUUCGAACCCUCGUUGCAUUGACUGGUGUACUUGAUGAGAUGACCAGAAUUCCCUCAAGUCGAACGAUAUUAUCUGCAUCACCUGCAUCACUCGAGCCGGGUUCACAGUUUCACAACCUCAUUCAGAAGCACUUGAAGCGCGCGCAAGAGCAGCCAUCACUACAGAAAUUUUUGGUGCGUGGCCUCGCAACAACUCCACUGCAAGGAAUCGACGUGCCAUUUCACUCGCAUUAUCUUCAGCCUGGAGUCUCGGAAUACCGGAAGUUCCUGCAACAGAAAAUCCCAGAAAAUGGCGUGCAGGCUGAAAUGCUUGUGGGCAAAUACAUACCAAAUCUCAUUGGCCGUCCCUUUAGCUUAGAUGCAAGCUUCGUUCGGGAGGUUUACAAAAUUACCCGCAGUGCUCUACUACAGGACAUCCCUGAGACGAAUCAGGGCCCAAAGAUUAUGGCAGCAACGUUGGAGUGA